UAUAUAUACAUCCAUCCAUUCCAUUUGAGAGAGAGAGAGAGAAAGAAAGAGAGAGGCACUACCGCUUUAGAGAUUAAUAAGUAUUUACACUUUGAACGGUUGCUAAUCGUAAUGGCGGAAAACGGGAGCAGUACCACAACAGAAUCCGAAAAGUUGCUUCUGAACCACCACACCGAGAAGCACUUCACCGCCGGCGAGAUCGUCCGCGACAUCAUCAUCGGCGUCUCCGACGGCCUCACCGUCCCCUUCGCCCUCGCCGCCGGACUCUCUGGCGCCAAUGCCCCCUCCUCCAUCGUCCUCACCGCCGGCAUCGCCGAAGUCGCCGCCGGCGCCAUCUCCAUGGGUCUCGGCGGGUAUUUGGCGGCAAAGAGCGAAGCAGAUCAUUACAUGAGGGAACUGAAGAGAGAGCAGGAAGAGAUCAUCGCCGUCCCUGAUACUGAGGCGGCGGAGGUAGCAGAGAUACUGUCGGAAUACGGGAUAGAGCCGCAUGAGUAUAGGCCGGUGGUGAAUGCUCUGAGGAAGAACCCACAGGCAUGGCUUGAUUUUAUGAUGAAGUUUGAGCUGGGUCUGGAGAAACCCGAUCCAAGGAGAGCAGUUCACAGCGCGCUCACCAUUGCCUUUGCAUACAUCAUCGGCGGAAUAGUCCCCCUUAUUCCGUACAUGUUCAUUCCAAAGGCAACAAAAGCCGUGGUCGCAUCAGUUAUCGUAACUUUAAUCGCCUUGCUAAUAUUUGGGUAUGCUAAGGGUCACUUCACUGGAAAUCAACCCAUUAAAAGCGCUUUGCAAACCGCUCUGAUCGGAGCAAUUGCUUCAGCAGCUGCUUUUGGCAUGGCUAAGGCUGUCCAAGGAUAGAACUCCAAAGGGUUGAAGGAUUUUGUUGGGUAGAUUUCUGGUCAUUUUCAUGUUCAACCGCCGGGUCAAGGGUAACUUUCUUGCUAGAUGAAGGAACUGAUUGGGUUCAUUGGAAAGGGUGUAGUAACGGUUUUACUGAGAAUAAAACAGCUCUGUCAGCAGAGUUUUUCUAGCUUGUACAACUUCAUGCUUGAAAAUAGCUUCAGUGCUUGUUCUUCUCUAUA